AUGGAGAACAUACCAAGUAAACAGUCAGAUUCAGCCAUAGAAAAUGUUCCCAACAACAUUUCUACAUUCUUCGAAAUCGGUCCUACAAAGUAUGGUGGAAGGGGCUGCUUUGCCAAGUCAAAAAUAUCGAAGGGAACCCAAAUUCAUUAUUGUUCAUCACCCGUUGGCUCCUCGAUAUCGAGACCAUUCAGAAAGGAAGUGUGUACAUAUUGUUUCAAAUAUGAUAAUGGGGAUGCCAUGAAAACCAAACUCGCAAAAUCCGUCUCUGGUAGGAAAGAAUCGAGUGCACUUUACUUUUGCAGCAAUGAUUGCGUCAACAAAUUUUUGGAUCAAGACAUUAAUGACAUCUUGUUAACUAAUCUAUUAUCGGUCGAGCAAAACUAUUUAAUAGGACUUAAAAAGCCAGGAGUUGACGCGCUAGAGCCAGUGGGUGAUUUAGAUGAGCAAAUAGAUCGAGAAUGGGAACGAGUUGAGCGAUGGGCUGCUGAAGUAGACUCGACUCGAAGUAGCAAAAGAGUCAAUUUCCUACCAAGAAUUGAUGAAAGUGAAUACCUUGAAAUCAAAUACAUCGUUGGUGUGUUGUUCAACGAGUUCAAAAUAUAUAGUCAAAAGGAGCUCAAUGAUGAUCUUUCACUAGAGAUGUACUUAUUUGAUCUUCUACAAUCAACUGAACGUGAGAAAUACCACAAGUACCCGUAUCUUCUAUUUUCAUACAUCAACAUAUUCAAAUUCAUCAAGCUCACGUGUACUGCUGAGCUUCAACAAUUUAUCACAACAGACAUCGUUAGAUCGUUGAUCGGCAAGAACUUAUCCAAUGCAUUUGGUAUAUGGUCCAACACGACAGCCAAGGACGAAGAUAAAGAAUUUCUUGGGUUUAGCGUGUAUCCAUCAGCAUCGUUUUUCAACCAUUCAUGUGAUCCAAAUAUCAUCAAAAUUAGAGUACGUAAUGAUAUGCGAUUUGAAACAUUGAGAGAUAUCGCGAUAGGUGAAGAGUUGUGCAUAAACUACGGAAACUUUCAAAAUGAAGACGUCGAGAAACGGCAGUUGGAAUUACAGGAAUGGUUCUUUGAUUGCGGAUGUACAAAAUGUCAACUGGAAUUGACAGCUAAGUAA